AAUCGUGAAACAAAAAUACAUAAUGAGUUGCCAGAAUUUCCAACCGGUAUAUAGGGAGCACAGCAUGGGAGCAGCUGAACAGAGUGGCUGUCGACGUGGAGCUGAUCUGAAGAUUACCCUUGUACUCUCCUCUACCAGUCACAAUGGCUUGUCCAACGCGGUGGGGCAUCGUCAGUGCCGGCAUGAUUUCCUCGGACUUCGUGGCGUCCCUCAAGGCGCUGCCCGCGGACGAGCAUCGAGUAGUGGCGGUGGCGGCGCGAAGCCUGCAGUCCGCCAAGGCGUUUGCUGCCAGGCACGGGAUAGAGAAGAGCUACGGGUCUUACUCUGAGCUGGCAUCGGAUCCUGAUAUCGAUGUGGUAUACGUUGGCGCGGUGCAAACCAAACAUCUGGAGGUGGCGUCACAGAUCCUGCGAAGUGGCAAGGCUGUGCUGUGCGAGAAACCCUUAUGCAUGAAUGUACGAGAGACGCAGAAGCUGCUGGACGUGGCGCGCGAAAAUAAGGUCUUCCUGAUGGAGGCCAUCUGGUCGAGGUUCUUCCCUGUCUAUAAAGAACUCGGGCGACGCAUCAAGGCAGGAGAGAUCGGCGAUGUUGUGCAAGUGAUCGCCUCGUUCGGCAGGAACCUGCAGCACCUCCAGAGAUUGCAGACGAAAGAGACUGGAGGUGGAGUAACGCUGGACAUCGCCCUCUACCCUAUCCAGCUGACGAGCUUCGUGAUGGGUGGCGAGCGUCCUCUCAAGAUCUUGGCUGGGGGACACCUUAAUGUCCACGAAGUGGACGAGACGAUCAGUGCCUCUCUGGUAUACUCGAAGGGACGCGUUGCCUCUAUCUCUGCUUCCAUGAAGGUUGAUCUGCCCUCGGAAGCUCACAUCAUCGGCACAAAGGGAACUAUCAAGAUUCCUUUCCCUGUGUGGUGCCCUGAACAUCUGGAGGGACCCUCAGGAAACUUCGAGGCGCUUCUUCCCAAAACUGGAGAGACGUUCAACUAUGAUAACAGCCAGGGACUCAUGUACGAGGCGAUGGAGGUGCGGCGCUGCCUGAAGGAAGGACUUCUGGAGAGCCCUGGGGUGAGCCACGCCGAGUCCCUCACUAUCGCCACCAUCAUGGAGGCAGUGCGCACUCAGGUGGGCACCGUGUACCCGCAGGAUUUCCAGUAGAGAGACCACUGCAGUAAGUGACAGUCCGCCCAAGGAUCCUCCUGUAGAGUCCAUGUAAGAGUAUCUGUUGUCUUUUUUCUUAGCGAGGCACAAAGCUUGUCGUGAUUUGAAGAAUAUUCGAGUCUUAUUCAGGCAAUUAUAGUAUAUGAAUGUAGAGUGUGGCCAAAGGAGCAAGAACAUGUGAGCAAAUAAUAAUAGUAGUAACGCUUCUUUAACUUUAAAGUCAGUGUUCAGCACCAUUUUUGUCUUCUGAAUAAAAAAAAAAAAAAAAACGAAACCUAAUGAAUAGUAAUGAUUGUUAAGGUCUUAAGUCAGUGUUCGGCACCAAACGUUUGGCUGUUAUUGUUCGUCUCGUGAAAUAAAGAAAAACGAAG